AUGAGUGGUAUUGCACGUGGUAGAGGCAGAGGAAGUUCUGUUAGAGGUAGACCAAUGGUAAGAGGUGGUUCAUCAAAUAGAGGAGCACCAAUUAGAGGGGCACCAAGAACAGCAGCAAAUGAUUCGCAAUCUUCUAAAACAACAAAACCAACAUCAAGUUUCGAUAAUAAUGAUUUCGAAGAAAAACAACCAUCAAAUAAUAAGAAACAAAGUGAAUUUUUUAAAAUUCUUAAAGAUUCACCAAUCGAUUUCAAAGGUGCAGAAGAAAUUAGACAAUUAAAAUUAAGUUUAAUUAAUGUAGUUUCAGCAUCAAUGAUCAAAGAACCAAGAGUUAAUUAUUUAACACCAACAUUGGAAUCAAUUAUGACAAGUGUUUAUACACUAUCAUAUUAUGAUCCAGAAUUCAUCUUAAAGUUAAUUCUUUAUACUCGUGAUGAAUUAGGUAUUCGUACUGUUGCAAACUAUCUCAUUUGUUUAGCAUCAUUAAUACCAACAACUCAACCAUACUUAAAACGUUAUUUUAAUCAUUUAAUUAAAAUUCCAUCCGAUUGGUUAGAAUUACCAACAAUUUUAUCAAAAAUUACAGAAUCAAACAAUAUUCCAAAAUCAUUAAGAAAUGUUAUGGUUGAAAAAUUUUCACAAUUUGAUACUUAUCAAUUAGGUAAAUAUAAUACUGAAGGAAAGAUAAAGAGAAGAAGAAAGAAGUUAAAGGAUAUGAUUAAAAAGAAUCCAGAACAAAAGGAAGAAUUAACAACAAACUCAAAGAAUAAUCAAAGUUCAUCAUUAAAGAAUUUGAUAAGAGUUUUACAUAUUUCAUCACCAACCUAUAAUAUUAUGUCAAUUCUUGGUAAAAAGUAUCCACAAACCUAUGAGGAAUUUAUAAAGAAUAAAUUACCAGGUCAAUUUGAACCAGAACGUGCUGGUAAACGUAUGAGAUUACCAAUUCCAGAGACUUGGGAAACAAUGGUUUCUGCCAAAGGUAACAAUAGUGAAACAUGGGAGGAAUUAAUGACAAAUAAUAAACUUCCAUUCAUGGCAAUGUUAAGAAAUCUUCGUAAUAUGAUUAUCACUGGUGUACCAGCAUCAAUACAUAAACAAAUCAUUUCCAAACUCACAAAUGACCAAACCAUUGCUCAUUCCAAACAAUUCCCACUUAGAUUCUUGGCUGCCUAUGAUGCUAUUCCAAAGGAUAUUGAAGAGUUGAAGAAAUGGUCUACAGAGAAGAAAACAAAGAUUCAAUAUUUCCCACCAGCAGAUUUAUUCGCAAAUUAUAGACAAGCUUUGGAUACCUCUGUAAAAUUAUCAACCAUUCAUAAUGUUAAACCAAUUCGUGGUAAAACCGUUGUAUUUUGUUAUGUAAAUAGUGGUGAUAGUGAUAAAGUUUGUAAAUCAAAUACUACUGGUAAAUAUACAAUGGUAGAGUCAUCAUUAUUACUUAGCUUAAUGUGUAAAUACAUUUGUGAGGAAUGUGAUCUCUAUUUAGUUGGUUACAAACCAAAUGAAUACACUCAAACCUUUUUCAAAGUUCAAGAGUUACAAUCAAAUUCAAUCUUGGAGAAUAUGAAAUCCUUAAAAAAUACAAUCACAACAGUCUAUGGUGAAGAAAAUAGUUCCUACCCACCAACUUUCCCAACUGAUGUUUUAAUUGAUCAAUUCUUAUUACCAAAAUCAAAAGUUGAUAAUAUCUUAAUUCUUUGUGAUAGAGAAAUUGAACUCGAUAUUGAACCACAUAGAGGUAAUAUCCUUUCAAAAUAUCGUCAAGAUGUUAAUUCAGAAUUACUUUUUGUCAAUAUUAAUCUCUCUGGUAAAUCAUCUCCACAAUCAAAUUCAACUGUUGAUCAAAGACAUCAAAAUGAUGUUUACAUUAGUGGUUUCAGUGAAUCAAUUCUUAAAUUCAUUGCUGAACGUGGUGGUUCUGAUCAACAAUUACAAUAUAUUGAAAAGAUUGAUGAAAUUAAACGUAUUCCAGAAUUAAAGAAAUCAAUUACUUCAACAGCAACAACCACUACCAAUACUCAAGAUAGUAAUGAUUCUUCAUCAAUUACAAAUGUACCAAUUACACCAUUACCAAAAAUGAUUAAAGAAAAACCAUGGAAAAAUGCAAAGGUUUUCAUUUCAUCAACAUUUUUAGAUAUGCAAGGUGAAAGAGAUUUACUUGUGAAAACAAUCUUCCCAGAGUUGAGAGCAAGAUGUUUAAAGAAUAGAAUUCAUUUAACUGAAAUCGAUUUACGUUGGGGUAUAACUGAAGAAGAUGCUCUUAAAAAUAGAUCAGUUGAUUUAUGUCUUGAAGAAGUUGAUCGUUGUCGUCCAUUCUUUAUCAGUUUAUUAGGUCAACGUUAUGGUUGGGUACCAAAGAAAGAACAAAUCCCUCAAGAUUCAAAAUAUGAUUGGAUUAGAGAAUUACCAACUCAAAGAUCAAUCACUGAACUCGAGGUUCUCUAUGCCGCUUUCCAAGGUAAAAAGAAACCAACCACAAAUUCAUUGGUUUACUUUAGAGAUCCAUCAUUCUCUCAAGAGGUACCAAAACAAUUUAGAGAUCAAUUCGAAUGUGAAGAUCGUACUAGUCAAUCAAAAUUAGAACAAUUAAAACAUAAGAUCACUCAAUCUAAAUCACAACAUCUUUCACAUUAUACUUAUUCCGCUAAAUGGGGUGGUGUCAAUUCUGAAGGUAUUCCAGUUUCAACUGGUUUGGAUGAAUUAUGUGAAAGAAUUCAAACUGAUCUUUGGGAUAACAUUUGUAAAGUAUUCAAUUUAAAUGGUGGUAAAGGUGGUGACGAUGAUGAUGACAACCAAUAUGAACCACAAACUGAAUUUAAUUCUUUCGAAUAUGAAUUAGGUCAACAUCAAACCUAUUCCGAUUUGAAAUGUAAAAACUUUGUUGGUCGUAAAGAUGAAGUUAAUUGUUUAUUCAAAUUCUGUGAGAUUACACGUGCAUUCUCUUCAAGUUCACGUGUUUCUAAAUUCCAAUUCAAUAGAUCCAAUACAGUCGUUGUUACUGGUAAACCAGGUUGUGGUAAAAGUUCAUUAAUAAGUUACUUUAUCAAUAAAGCAAUUCCAGAACUUUAUCAAAAGAAUAAAAAUUCCACCAGUGGCAAAUAUGUAGUCAUUUCACAUUUCAUUGGCUCAACAACAGAUUCUAUUGAUAUUAGAAAAUCAUUACUACACAUUUGUAAUCAAUUAAAUUAUAAACUUGGUUUAGGUGAACAAACAGUAUCACCAACUACAGAAUACUCUGAACUUAAAGUAAUCUUCUCAUCAUUCUUAAAGAAAUCAGCUUUGAAGGCAUCACAAAAUAGUCAAAAAGUACUUUUGGUCAUUGAUGGUUUAGAUCAAUUGGAUAAAAAGAAUCGUGCUCAUACUUUAGAUUGGUUACCAAUUACAUCACCAAUUAAAUUGAUCGUUUCAACAUUGGAUGGUGAUCAUACUCAAAGUGUUCUUCGUCGUAGACGUACACCACCAACUGAAAUCGUCGUUGCACCAAUGGAAGUUAAAGAUCGUCAUAGUUUAGUAUUGGGUAAAUUUGAUGAAUUCCGUAAGAAAUUGGAUGAAUCUGCAAACAAUAAUCAAAUGUCAUUAUUAUUAAAUAAAUCCGAUGCAAAUAAUCCAUUAUAUUUGGUUUUGGCUUGUGAAGAGUUAAGAUUCCAUGGUCAAUUUGAAAAUCUUACUGAUAAAAUUAAAAAUUUAGCACCAACUUUACCAAAACUCUUUGAAGAUAUUUUAGAUCGUUUAGAACGUGAAAAUGGUAAACAAUUAAUUUCAACAAUUCUUGGUUCAAUCGCUUGUUCAAGAGUACCAUUAUAUGAAGAGGAUUUAUUAACAAUUCUAGCUAGACCAGAACAAAAAGAAAAACAAUUCCCAACUGCUCUUUGGUCAAGAAUUUAUCGUAGUAUUUCAAGUUUAUUAGUUCAAACAUUGGAAAAUGAAAAUCUAAACAACAACGAUAACAUUGUAAAGGAUGAAAUUGGUUUAGAAUUUUUCCAUAACCAAUUGAAAUUGGCAAUUUUAAAACGUUAUCAUUCACUAACUGAUAGUUCCGUAAAGAUUCAUAAAUUAUUAGCCAAUUAUUAUUUGAAUAAAGCUGAUCCAGAUAAUACAAAACAUUGGUCAGGUCAAGAUAGUGUAGCAUUCUCAGAGUUACCAUACCAUUUGACAAAGGCAAGAUUAUUCACUCAAUUGGAAGAGACAUUAUGUAAUCUUAAAUUUGUUGAAAGAAAAUGUAAAUUUGGUUUGGCAUUUGAAUUGAUUUCGGAUUAUCUCGAGAUUACUGGUGAUGAUAUAGUAAAUGAAAAAGAGAAAAAUUCAUUGAAUGCACCAUCUCGUUUAAUUAAAAACAAAGAUAUUUUGGAACAUAUUAAAGAUUUCUGUGGUUUCAUUUCUGCCAAUACUCACAUCCUUUCAAAAUCACCAGAAUUAACAUUCCAACAAGCUUACAAUCAACCAAAUAAAUCCUAUUGUCAUAAGGUUGCCGCAAGUGAAUCUGGUGGUUUAAAACAUAAAACUUGGAUCGAAUGGUUGAAUAAACCACAAAUUAAAGAUAGUUGUAAACAAACUAUAACUGGUUUAGAAGACGGUGCAACCGCUUGUUGUUAUUCACGUGAUGGUUCAAUGAUUGCCUCUGCUGGUAAAGAUUCAAUCAUUCAUAUUUUCAAAGCUUCGAAUGGUUCAGAGUUAUUAACAUUGGUUGGCCAUUCAAAUUGGAUCUCUUGUUUCUCAUUCUCUGAUGAUGGUAAAACUUUGGCAAGUUCAAGUUGGGAUAAUACAGUUAUCGUUUGGGAUUUAAUUGUUGGUAAUCAAAUCCACCAAUUCAAAGAUCAUAGUCGUGCCGUAAACUAUUGUGAAUUCUCUCCAACUGCCAAUAACUUACUUAUGAGUUGUGCUUGGGAUUCUUCAAUUAUCAUUUUCAAUACCUCUGAUAAGAAUAUCUUUAGAAACUUUAGAUCAGCCCAUUCAAAACCAGUCAAUAGUUGUUGUUGGUCUCCAGAUGGUACAUUAAUUGCAUCUUCUUCUUGGGAUGGUACCAUUAAAAUUUGGAACCCAUUCGAUACAAUCGCUAAAGAUAGAUUAAAACAUGUAAUCGAUGCAUCUUUAUCUUAUGGCUCAAUUAAAUCUUGUAAAUUUAGUGCAAACUCUAAACAAAUCCUUGCAACCACAAUGAAGAAUGAUGUUUUACUAUUCGAUGUCAACUCUCAAAAGUUAAUCUCUGUAAUGGGUAAUCAUAGUAAAUCAGUUAAUCAUUGUUCAUUGUCCAAUGAUGGUAACUACAUUGUCACUGGUUCAGAUGAUGCAACUGCAAAGGUUUGGUCUUCAACUUUGGGUACUCAAUUAACCAACUUUUUAAUUCCAGGUGAUUGUUGGGCCAAUUGUUUAGCAUUCUCUCCAACUCAACCAUUAUUAGCAGUUGGUGCCACCGAUUGUACCGUUAGAUUAUUUGAUGUCUCUUCAAAUACAAUAUAUCGUGAAGUUGCAAAACUUCAUGGUCAUACUCGUGCAAUCACUAGUAUUACCUUCUCUCCAAGUGGUAAUUUAAUUGCAUCAACCUCUGAAGAUUUACUUAUUAAAGUUUGGAAUGUUCAAACUCAUAAAGCUGAAUAUACAAUUGAAAAAGCUCAUAACGAUCCAAUCAAUUGUAUCUCAUUUAAUCCAACCAAUGAAUGUGAACUCAUCUCUUGUUCCGAUGAUUAUAGUACAAAGGUUUGGUCAAGAUUUACAACCUCUACAACUUUAUCAACAGAAGGUUCAACCAAUACAAUCAAACAUUGUGUCUACUCACCUGAUGGUAAAUAUAUUGCUACUGUUUCUCGUGAUUGUUCAAUUGCAGUUUACCUUUGCUCAAGUAAGAAGUUAUUAUUCCGUCUCAAAGGUCAUACUGAUUGGGUAAACUUUUGUACUUUCUCACCAGAUUCAAAGAAAUUGGUUUCUGGUGGUUGGGAUUUCAAUUUACGUGUUUGGAAUAUUAAAACUCAAAAAGAGCUACUAUGUCUAAAGGGUCACUCAAGUUCAAUUGAAAAAGCAUUCUUUACAAAGGAUCAAAAAUACAUUAUCAGUGCAAGCUUUGAUGGUAGUGUAAAAGUUUGGGAUGCUCAAUUUGGUUCUGAAAUUACUUCCCUUCGUCACCAAACUCGUAUUAGUGAUGUUGUAAGCUCUUCCGAUGCCUCUGGUAGAAUUUUCUCUUCAUCAGAUGAUGGUAUCAUAAAGAGUUGGUAUCCAGUUGCUGGUUCUUGUUUAGCUACAUUAACUGGUCAUUCUGGUCCAAUUAAACAAGUUCAAUUCAAUCCAAACUCUGGUGGUGGUGGUAGUUCAAGUUUCUCAUCAUUCUCAUCAUUCUCAUCUUCAUCUGAUGCUCCAGUAACCCUUUCAAUUGCAUCUUCAUCAGAUGAUGGUACAGUUAAACUUUGGGAAUUCAAUUCAGCAACAGCCACAACAUCCGCACAUAAAGGUUCCAUUAAUCAAUGUGUUUUCUCAAAGGAUGGUAAAUAUGUCGCAACUUGUGGUCAAGAUUGUGUAUUAAAUAUUUGGGACGCUAAAACUCAUAUAAACUUGAAAACAAUGAUCUUUGAAUCACCAGUUACAACAUGUUCCUUCAAUCGUAGUGGUGUAUUGUUCAUUGGUUUACAAGAUGGUACAUUGGAAGUCUAUUCAAAGGAUUGGAAAACAGUUUUACAUAAAGAAAAAACCAAUGGUAAGAUCACCAGAUCUUCAGCCCACCCAAGUUUAAACAUACAAUCAACUGAAUCACCAGAUUAUAUCGAUUUAUUCGCUUUCUCAACAUGGACUAAUUGUGUCAAUCUUCUCAAUUGUAGUGAAAAAUAUUUUGAUCCAAUCGUUUCAUUCGAUGAUUGGGUAGAAUCUGUUGAAUUCUCAACAUCUGGUGAUUUAUUAGCUGCUGGUUCAAGAACAAAACAAGUUAAAAUCUUUUCACCACUUAAUGAUAAACCAGUUACUCAUCAAACCUCUUCAAGUUAUGUAACCUCUUUAUCAUUCUCACCAAAUGAUAAAUACCUUGCUAUUGGUACAUUUGAUGGUACUGUUGAAUUAUUGGAUAUUGCCUCUGGUAAAUUAAGACGUAUUCUUACCACUCAAGUAUCUUCAAUCACCUCUCUAAAAUUCUUAGAUUCCACUCGUUUAGUUUCAGUUUCAAAUGAUCGUUCAUUAAUAGUUUGGAAUUUCUCAACUUCCUCAAUUGAAAAUGAAUUUAUCCAUCAAUCACCAAUAACUUCAAUGGAUAUUCAUCAAAAUCAAAUUAUUACUGCUGAUAAAAAUGGUAAUAUUUAUUUCUUAAAUUAUCAUAAAUAA